AUUAAGACAAGUAGAGAUGGAAAAAAUAAAGUUAGUUUUAUUGCUUUGCUUCAUGGUUGUUAUGGCUCAAGGUGUUGAAUUAGGUCCCAAAGCUGUUGAAAAAUGGUUCGAUAAGCUUCCUCAUGCAAAGCGAAAGGUAACUAAAUUUCAUUUCUAUUUUCACGACAUAGUUAGUGGAAAAAAUCCAAGUGCAAUUACAAUAGCACAGUCAAAUAUGACUUCUAAAUCCCCAACUUUCUUUGGUUCUGUUGCAAUGAUAGACGACCCGUUGACAGUUGGGCCAGAGCCCAACUCGACAAUAGUAGGUCGAGCUCAAGGGAUUUAUGGUUCAGCUGAUCAAAAUGAGGCUGGCCUUCUCAUGACCUACAAUAUUGUGUUCACAACUGGAAAGUAUAACGGUAGCACGUUGAGUGUACUUGGUCGGAACCCAGUAUUUAACCAGUAUCGUGAGAUGUCAAUCGUUGGUGGUUCUGGAGUUUUCCGAUUGGCUCAAGGUAUCGCAACCGCAAAGACGUAUUGGUUCAAUACGACCAGUGGGGAUGCUGUUGUUGAGUAUAAUGUCAUAGUCCUGCAUUACUCACAUUAAUUUAAUUUGAAUCUUUGUUUAUUGGUGUUCAUUUGUAAUCUAAUUUAUAGUUUCUCUAUUUUGUGUUUAAGUAUAUAAAUAUGUGUGUUUUGAUGAAUGAAAUAAGACCUUUGUUGAUGUUUUUAA